AACUGGAAGCUUUAUCGAGGUGCCUAUAUAUUCAUUAUUAUUGGUCUUCUUCUUCAGCUUGGUGCCAUUUCGGCCAUCAUAGUUACAGUGCAUCCUUGGAGGAUAGGAGCAACAUUUCUCUUAGUUCUCCUUCUUCUAGUUCUAGCUAUCGGUGCGAUUCAUUAUUGGGCCUCAAAUAAUUUCUAUCUGAAAAGGGUUCAGAUGCUAGUUGUUUGUUUUCUAGUGGCUUUGGCGGCCUUUCUUGUUGGAUGGUUUCAAGACAAGGCUUUUGUUUGUGCAUCCGUUGGUUACUUCUCAUUUCUUUUCCUACUAGCUGGAAGGGCAUUGUCU